AUGUCGUUCAGAGCCAAUGAAAAUGCGUCACAUUACCUCCUAUUUGGUACUGAGCUCGAUACUGAGCAAUACCUUUCUCGGUAUCGAGUUCAGUACUGCUCGGUACUGGAUAACGUGGCUGCAUCUUAUUGGUCUUUGGAUGAUAAGAUGUGUUGGGGAAAUCAUAUGAUCUGCAACAAGCGAUUCCACUUUGUGUUGCCUUCAAAGGAAUUAGCAUUUGAAGAAGCAGAGAGCUUCAUCAUUGAGGUUAAUGGCAUAGACUCCCAAAAUUCUACAAUGAGUACAAAGCAACGAAUGGAGAUAGAAAAUCAUCUAAUGCAUGGCGUCCUGCACCUGAAUGGAUUCGGCCACUUGAUCUGUAUCAAUGGCUUUGAAGGUGGUUCAGAGUUCGUUUCUGGACAUCAAAUCAUGGACUUAUGGGAUCGAAUAUGCACCUCAUUACAAGUAAGGCAGAUCAGCUUAAUAGAUGUGGCGACGAAGGGAGGAAUGGAACUGAGAAUAAUUAACGGGCUAGCUUACGGCGAGCCCUGGUUCGAGCGUUGGGGCUACAAAUUUGGCCAUGGAAGCUAUGGAAUCACUGAACAAAUGUACCAAAGGUCCCUCCAAGCUCUCAGAGCCUUUCCGCUCGCUCUGCUACUUCCUCCUCUCUACCACACCAUUUUCGAUGUUGAUAUUUUGACGAUCACCACCAAGUAUCAAUCAACAACCAGUGAAGUCUUGAAAAGCUUGGGCGAUCUCUUCCACUGCAUGAUGGAGCUGAAGGCCAAACUUUCUCAUGAGAUCUCUCCCACAACCACAGCAAUGGAGUUUCAUUCGAUUAUGAAGGUGGCUUCGUGUCGUUGGUCGGUGAAGCGGGUGGAGAUGGCGGCUCAAGUGAUUGUUCAAGAGCUCAGGAGGUCGGAAAACCGCUGGGUCAGUAGACAGGAGGUCAGGGAUGCCGCAAGGGCCUAUAUUGGUGACACUGGCUUACUGGAUUACGUGCUCAAGCAUUUGGGGAAUCACAUUAUAGAUUUCUGCUCCUAUGAGAUUAAUUUUCGCAGGUUGGGGAAAUCAUAUGAUCCUGCAACAGCGAUUUCCAUUGUUGUUAGGAAUCUUCUAGGAUAUAGCAUUUGUAGGAGAGCAAGGAGUUCUUCAUCAUUGAGGUUUUAUCUGAAAAUUUUAAAAAAUACUGAUAUUAUUCUAAUCUUCGAUCCAGGCAACUACAUCGUGCGACGAACGGUGAAUCCGAUAACCAAAGUCCUCGAGUACUGCCUGCAAGACAUUUCCUCCCCUUUCCCCUACAUCCUCACCGCCUCCGCUUCAAAUACCCACCAAAAUAACCCAACCAGAUUCCAAAUUACAAGACUUCAGCUCAACGAAGACAUUCUCUAUCUCUACAAACAGAUCCUCAUCAUGGCCGAGCAGCCCCAUCCCAUUUCUACAAGCCCAGUUUCCUCUGCCUUUCCUGUAGCCGUAAACAUACUCCUCGACACCAAACACCUCAUCAAAGACUACAAUAUGAACUUCUCCCAACCUACCAAUAUCGAUCCAGAACACAUCAAGCUAACCUGCGUUGCUCGGUUGCGCGGCCACCUUCACACAGAACUGCAGCCGAAGGAGAUACUGAGAAUUCCGACUAACUUGACUAUCGGCGACUUGAAGAGGGUGGCGGAGAGAUACUACAAGAGCACGUAUUUUGGUUUGAGAAAUUUCGUCGCUGAUGCGGUGAUGUUGGAGAAUGCGAAUGCGAGUGGAGGAGAGGAUUGUGAGGGUGAUUUGGUUGCUGGGUUGGUGGAGAUCACUAAUGGUGGUGUGGUGGUUGUUGAAGGGAGUGGGAAUUGUGUGGAUGGGGAGAUUAUGUUUGAGUGUGGGAAUGGAGAAGAGGUUGUGGAUUGCUUGUGUGGAGCGAAGGAGGAGGAUGGGGAGAGGAUGGUGAGCUGUGAUAUAUGCGAGGUUUGGCAGCACAGGAGGUGCGUUAGGAUUCAAAAUGGAGAUGAGGUUCCCUAUGUUUUCCUCUGUGGGCGGUGCGAGAGCCAGAUUGUGAAGCUGCCGUUGAUGCAGUAUUAGUUAAUUAGUUUGAUAGUUUGUCUUUGAAAGAGUAAUAAUGUGGGUUUGUUUAGCUUAAAUGAAGUUAUGAUUAUGGAUGCU